CAAUGGCAGGGCUCGCGACCAGCACGCGACCCAGAGCACGCGAGAGACCAGAUAUAACGGUAUCAGUUGAUAUUGUUAUUGUUGACUAGAUAAUCGAUGAGAGAUGAACAGAAAAGAGAUGCAGCAACCGUUCGUUUUGACACAGCAAGGACACAUGAACGCUCUCCAGUCCUUGGAAAAUGUACCCAAAGUGGCCUCUUAUUAUCACUGUAAAAAAGACUUGUUAGACGGCAAAAGGCCGAAACCUAUGGCCAUGUCUCGUAGAAACGCACGCGAAAGACGGCGGGUGAAGAUGAUAAAUAACGGAUAUGAAACUCUACGACAUCAUGUUCCCGCGGGGGUAGACAAUAAAAAACUGAGUAAAGUUGAGACGCUCCGAGCUGCGGUAGACUACAUCAAAUACCUACAAGACCUACUGCAGUCGGAGAACUCAGCCUCCAAAUCAACAGAUUUAAAUGUGGCCGAAAAUCGGCGCGAUUCUUUCAGUACUACCUCUCCAACAGUUGUCAAGGAUGAACCCGACUUUGAAGAAACAUGCUGCUCGGGGCAGGAGUCGGAUGAAUUGUCCCCCUUCCAGAGAUUUCCAGUACGGGAGGAAGGAAUGUUUGUAGAUAUUGCGCAAUGGUUGUACCAAAAUUCAGAACCAAUGAAAGAUUGCUCUAAUAUUCGCUUAAAAGGUAUGACAACGAGUACACAGCACCAAGAAUUCGACAUGAUGCCGGGCAUCUUGUGAGAGAACGAAAGACGUAGCGCAACAGCGCAGAUCGUAUUGUGCCUUCAAAAUGUCUUCCAAUGUAGUGUGCCAGGCGCCAUUUUACAGAAAUCCAAAGAAAAGAAGAACAUCGAAGAGUUGCUACACUGAACGGUGUAUAUAUACUGUUAAUAAACUAUUUAUUUUUA